GUUUGAGGAUUAAUGGAGAGAGGCUGUUGACUUCAGGAAUCGAAUACCAACAAGCUAGAUGGUCGCCCAAGCGCAAUCAUCGGACUUGACGUUUGGUAUAUAAACAAGGGAAUUUCUAUUGAUUUGGAAAUAACCAACGGCACCAGAAACGGUCAGAAAGCGAUUUUGUUCGCCAGAUCUAAAUUAUAAAGGCCUGGCUUGCACAGAGAUAGCACUUGGCUAGCUCGCUAAGUUGUGACAGGCCGAGCAAGCGAUAGUAACGGGAGACUGACGGGUAGCAUUAGCUGCUAGCUAGCUCGCUGACGUUCGUUGCAAGGAAGAAUCGGCUUCGACAUUCUGCCUGAUGUUCCGGGCAGAAUCUGGGAAAGACAAGCCAUCAAAGGAAAUUAAGGAGAAGCGACUGAUUGGCCGUCGGCUUUUGGGGGAACUAAGCAAGGUUCUUUGCUAACAUUAACUGGGCAGCUAUCCCGGAUUCGUCAAGAAUUAGCUUGCUAGCCUAGCUAACCAAGAAGGUUAGCUCUGGACUUGGAUACUCUUACUCGGCUGGAGUUUCCGAAACGACGCAAGGAAAAGCUGCUGAGGAAAAAUAUAUUGACAAUUGUGAGACGAUAAUGAUAGCUGUUAGCUAGUUGUUAGCUAGCAGCUUAAUCCACCCAGCGACAGCGGUAUCACUUAACAGCAAACAGGUUCGCAAAGGAAAACUCAGCCCGAGCCCGGGGACUCCAUCAGCCUGCAAUCAUGGGCAACACGCCCACCGCCAAGAAGGGCAACGAGAUGGAGAGUGUGAAGGAGUUUCUUGCCAAAGCUAAAGAAGAUUUCCUCAAGAAAUGGGAGAAUCCAGCACAGCAAACUGCAGGAUUGGAGCACUUUGAUCGUCUGAAGACCUUAGGCACCGGUUCGUUUGGUCGGGUCAUGCUUGUGAAGCACAAAGAGACUGGCCAGCAUUUUGCGAUGAAAAUUCUUGACAAGCAGAAGGUGGUGAAGCUAAAACAGAUUGAACACACUCUGAAUGAGAAACGCAUUCUGCAAGCUGUCAACUUUCCCUUCCUGGUGCGAUUGGAACACUCUUUCAAGGACAAUACCAAUCUCUAUAUGAUAAUGGAGUACGUACCUGGCGGUGAGAUGUUUUCUCACUUACGGAGAAUCGGCAGAUUUAGUGAACCACAUGCCCGCUUCUACGCAGCCCAGAUUGUGCUGACCUUCGAAUACCUUCACUCACUGGAUCUCAUCUACCGAGACCUUAAGCCAGAAAAUCUGCUCAUCGACCAGCAGGGCUACAUACAGGUAACAGAUUUUGGCUUUGCAAAAAGAGUGAAAGGCAGAACCUGGACACUUUGCGGGACCCCCGAGUACCUGGCUCCAGAAAUCAUCCUUAGUAAAGGUUAUAAUAAAGCAGUGGAUUGGUGGGCCCUGGGAGUGCUGAUUUAUGAGAUGGCUGCAGGCUACCCCCCCUUCUUUGCAGACCAGCCUAUACAGAUAUAUGAAAAAAUCGUAUCGGGGAAGGUUCGCUUCCCUUCACACUUUAGUUCAGAUCUGAAGGACCUUCUGAGAAAUCUGCUGCAGGUGGACUUGACCAAGCGCUUUGGAAACCUCAGAAAUGGAGUGAAUGAUAUCAAGGGGCACAAGUGGUUUGCAACCACCGACUGGAUCGCCAUUUACCAGCGAAAGGUGGAGGCUCCCUUCAUCCCUAAGUGCAAAGGCCCUGGUGACACAAGCAACUUUGAUGACUAUGAGGAAGAAGAAAUCAGAGUCUCCUUCACAGAGAAGUGUGGAAAGGAGUUUGCAGAGUUCUAGUUCCAACAAGCUGUAGUGAAAAGAGACAGGGAUUUAGAAAGGAUACAGGGGGUCUGAUGAAAGAAAAAAAGCAGGAGUUGGAGUGGACUUCUAACUUGCUUAUUUGUAAUGACAGCAACCGUGUAACCCACUCACACACAUACAUGCGCACGCACGCACGCACGCAUCCACACAAACAAACACACAUGCACACACCCCUCUAUGGAGAGAUGUACAAAAGCAAAGGAAGAUCCAACAGAAUGAGCAGCGUUGCCUUUUCAGAUUGUCCCAACUGUAAGCUAUUCAUUUUAAUUUAGCCCUCUUGUGUUAGUGGCAGGGGUUCGAGGAGAAGGGGUCACUGGCCCUUGCUCUUCAGCGAGAUUUGGAUCUUUUUCAAGAAGUAGUGACACAUUUUCAGUCUUAGCAAGUUGAGGCAGCAGUAUGCUCUUAAGGUACUGAAUCUGCUAGGCUUCCUCUGAAUGAGUCUUUUCCACAAGCGUCUCAGAAAGUGAUUGACGUAUCUCAUCACCCUAACCCCUCAUAUCUCUCCAUCCCAAAUCUGUCCAAGCAAUACGAAGUCCAACAGACGUGCCUAUCAUAACGCCAACUGGUUGCAAAUCUGCGUUAGAGCGUCAGUGCAGAGCUGUCUGUGGCUGUGGUGGCAUUAGCCCUGGUGCCCACUUUGGUCAUAAGCUUGACGCACUCUGCACUUGCCUUUGCUCGAUGUGGCAUGAUUAUUGGGUAGAAGACUCCCUUACUGCUUACAGGUUCAGGCAGUGGCGACCUCUUUGAUCAGAGUGAAAAUUAUUUAUCAUAUUAAACCUCAUCUAGGUCUUACUAUUUAGGACCUGUGAGCAAUGAUGUUCAUGAGCUCUGCAUUUAGGUCUCUUUCUCUUGACUGAAUUUAUAAGACCAUUUUAAAGCCCUUUUGAAGACCGUUCUGUCCUUUCACGUCAGUCUCUGUGCUUGUGUGUUGUUUAGUGCUCAUGGGUGGGUUAAAGAGAUGUAAUUUGGCAGCAACUAACAUGGUCACACACUCCUGAUUGUCAAUUUAUUUGAACAUUUAUACAUGUAUAUUAAUUUUAUUAUAUAUAUAUAUAUUUAUAUAUAUAUAUGUAUGUGUGUAUAUAUAUAUAUAUAUAUAUAUAUAUAUAUAUAUUGGUAGCAGUGGAAUGUUCAUUUUUUCAACAUUGUCUCAUAGAUAUGAAACUGAAAUUAAGAUUAAAUAAAACAGCAGAUAAGAAUUUUGCCAAAUUUGCAAAAUGGGGACGUUGCAAAGUUUCGCUACCACUUUGAUGAUGGUGGAUUUUAAUACGCAAAAAAAAAGAAGAAAAAAAAAGUAGCAAAACUUUUCAGCAAAUUGUGCAUGUUAUUUUUGUACAAUGUCACUUUUAAAGAGAGAUGACUGAGCAUUAAGCUUUAUUUGGGUAGAGGUACCUAAGAUUGUGGGUGAUGCAGUGACUGUUGAAGUGGACUCUCAGCUGCCCGUAUUUGGAAGCUAGAACAAGCCCUGGUUUCGUCUCAGAGAUCCUGAGUUUCUGGGGGGUUUUGUUCAGUGUUGAUUUGCAGUGAGGACUAUUGCCUAUAAAUGUCAAUUGACUAGUUUAACUCACCUUGACUAUUGAUUUUGUUUCUUCUUCUUGUAUACACCCUUAUGUAACAGCUUCAAAUAGACCUAAAGUCCAACCAAACUUUUCAGGACUGUUAAAUUAGGAUGGUUUGUUUUUGUUGUUUUGUUUCAGCUUUCUACAUAAUAAAUUGUACUAAGGAGGCUAUUGUAAAGCUAGCCCAUGUUUUCAUUGUUCCAAAUUUUAUCUGUAUGGAUGCAAGACAAUCACAGACCAGAUUUGAUGGCUGUUUUGUUGGCUUAACACAUUGUCUUGGUUUGAUGAAGGAUGUGUGCUUUCGCUCCCGCCCCACUGAAGCCCUAAGUGCAAGGCCUUGUCCAUCUUGUCCCAAUGCUUUUCUGUUGAUUGUUUGCUGCGCACCAUUUUGUCACAAGUUCUCACAUUAUUACUUAUUACAGAGUGUUCUCUGGUAUAAAUGAUUGCGUUAGACCCAAGUCAUUAUUUUGGCAGUCUCGUGAUGUUAAGAAGAUAAAAUGCGGGAUGUCUUGUGGUUGUCUUGGGGAUGGAUGUCUGAUGGAGAUGUUCAUGGGGGGGGGGGGAGUGUCUCGAUGCCGUUUUGUUUUUGUUUUUUUGAAAAGUGCGACGUGUAUUUCUUACAAUUCGUGUCUCUCAGAGGAACCCGGUUUUUCUUGCAUGUGGAAAACGGAAGGACGGCGAGUGAAUCCCCAGGACCUGCAGUAGGAUGGAGGAGCCACCAUGACCUACAGGCCACGUCCGUUUCACUAGUCUGAUGGCCGUGUGUCCACUGACUUGUCUCGGCAGACGGACGGGCCUGUCUCAGUCUUUAGUGUGAACACUGAAGCACACGCCACCCUUCUCGAAGCUCAUAUUUGUAAGGUUAAUGCUGACGCUUGCAUUAUUUGGGACUUACAGAUGGUGAUGUAAUGCUUUUGAAGAGAGCACAUAUAAUAUCCUUGGUCUUUGGUUUAUGAUACGACAAAACGCCGAGUCGGUGUCGGGCAGGUAGAAGGCAAAGCCUGACACUGAGGUCAUAGUAUUGCGUUUUUUUUGUACACAACCUCAUGUCAGUUUUUUCUUUUCUUUUUUUAACAACCCCAUUUUAUCAGAUUAACAGGAUCAGCUGCUCUUUUUUUAACUUUUUUUCUCUCUCGCUUUUUUUCUCCUUUGUUUGCCUUCUGUUCACAAUCACUUUCAGUAUGCUCUUCUUUCAGACAUUACAAUUUUUACAUGCAUCUGGGAUGUUAUUUUGUGUUCAAAAAUUUCUAAUUGUAUUUUCAACAAAAAAAAAGCAAACAAAAAACCAUGAAUCUCUUUUCUCCUGACCUGGGUACAGUGUUUAGGUAGACUAUUGUACCUUUUGGGAAAUAAUACUGUAUAUCUCUCUCUGCCUUUGACAGUCUUAACUAUCUUACCCUCUGGACAACUUGACAGAUACCCUUAGAACACAAUGAGUAUGUUUAAAAAAAUACAUAAAGUAAUAUUUUGCAAAAUGUAUCAUUCCAAUAAAGUUUUACUUGUUAAGACUAA